AUGUCGCUAUUUUACUUUCCGUACUCGGAGAUUCUUCACGCUAAUCAAGUCUAUCUGAUCGGGGGAAUUAUCGUCGGUAUAGUGUUACUGCUCAUCUUGUGGGCAUAUGAUACCGAUAUCAAGCAUAUCAAAGGCAUACCCGAAGUACCGGGAGCGAUUCCUGUCUUCGGUCAUCUGCUGAAACUUGGAGACGACCACGCUUCCUCUUGUGAAAAGUGGUCACGGCAGCUCAAUCAUUCGGUCUUCCAGAUCAAGCUGGGAAAUACUCGAGCUGUAGUGUUCAACUCAUUCGAUGCUUGCCGCGACAUCCUGGUCAAGCACCACAACGCAGUGAUUGAUCGUCCCAAGCUUUACACUUUCCAUGGAGUGAUCAGCAGCACUCAGGGUUUCACGAUUGGAAGUAGUCCUUGGGACUCCAGCUGUAAGAACAAGCGUAAAGCAGCUGGCACCGCCCUCUCCAGGCCAGCCAUGCGUAAAUACCAUCCUAUGUUCGAUUUGGAGAGUUUCUGCAUCAUUCGGGAUAUGCACAAGGACACCAACUUUUCUGAUCCGAACAUGGAGAUCAGUAUCAGACCAUACAUCCAACGAUUUGCUCUCAACACGACUCUGACACUGUGUUACGGGAUACGCAUGGACGAUACUUACGACGAGCUUCUUCGUGAGAUUCUGCACGUAGGCUCUGCUAUAUCUCUUUUGCGUAGUGCUUCAGAGAACUUGCAGGAUUAUGUUCCAGCACUCCGCUAUCUUCCCAACAAUAAGAAGGAUGCUCGCUCCAAGGAUCUCCGGUCUCGUCGAGAUGCAUAUCUCAAUCUAUUGCUCGAUAAAGUCCGCGAGAUGAUCAAGAAAGGAGUCGACAAGCCAUGCAUCAGUGCUGCUAUUCUGAAGGAUGAAGAAACUAAACUGUCUGGCGUCGAAGUAUCAUCAAUCUGUCUGUCUCUGGUCAGUGGUGGGUUCGAGACCAUUCCUGGAACUUUGACCUCGUGUCUUGGUUCGUUAUGCACGCCGGAAGGGCAGAUUUUCCAGGAACGCGCCUUCGCCGACAUCAAGCGUUACUAUCCAGACAUCCGCGAUGCAUGGCAGAACAGUUACCAAGAAGAAAAGGUGCCUUACCUCAAGGCGAUCAUCCAAGAAGCCGGUCGAUACUACACUGUGAGCUCUAUGAGUCUGCCACGUCGAACAGUGACCGAAGUCAAUUGGAACGGUGCUAUAAUCCCACCCAAGACUAUGAUUCUCGUGAACGCGCAAGCCGGCAACCACGAUAUCGAUCACUUCGGACCAGAUGCAGGGACCUUCAAUCCUGAACGCUGGCUUGAGCCCGUAACAAAAGAGAAUGACAUGGGUCCUUUCCGAGAACGAGUUCUGACAUCUCAAGCUCACUUGUCAUUCGGCGCUGGCACUAGAGCAUGCAGUGGUCAAUUGAUUGCUACACGCUUGCUCUACGCAGCUCUUAUACGUGUCCUGUCUUCUUACAAGAUAGUUGCGUCUGAGUCUGAGCCCCCCAACACAGACUAUGUGGACUACAACCAGUUCAAGACAGCUUUGGUCGCGAUUCCACGCGACUUCAAGGUCAGACUUAUUCCACGAGACAAGGCGACGAUGGAAGAGUGCAUGCAAACGGCGUACAAGCGGACUGAGGAGCAUUACAAGGAGGAUGUCAAAUCCGUGUGAUUGGGUCUUAUCUAUCUUCGUACGCCUAUCAGGUGCGGGGUAUGGAUGACUGCGGGGACUGAUUGAUGCGAGUCUGUUCAAAGCAACGAUGGAUUCACUGCGAGUGUGGUCUGCGAUUGAUUAUUACGAUAUUUCCUCAGCAUCAACAUGCCUUGUGCACCUCGUAUGUCGCGCAUAUCGGCGUUGGCACGAAUCUCCUGCUCGCGGUGUCAUCGGCGCAAGAAGAAAUGUGAUCGCGUCCUUCCCACAUGCGGAAACUGUGCAUCUGUGCAUCACUC